AGGAGAGGGUACUUCAGAACCCUAAUCAUGUGUUGGAGAUGCCUGGAGGACCUCUCACCCUCACUCUGAGAGGAAGCCAGGAGCCGCCACCCACAACAUUCAGCAGUCAGACAUCCCCACCUGGGUUCCUAGAGCAUGAACUCCAUCUAGACUCCUACCUCCUGAGAUACCUGAAGGAGAGCCCUGGGGCUGGAAGAGACCUGCAGCAGCAGUUGUCCUCUCUGGGCUGCUCUGUCCACCUCCAUCCAGAGGACAAGAGGGCAGUGGUCAGAGGCUCAGGCCAAGCUGGGUCAUGUGGAGAUGGGGUUGGGGCGGGACCAUGGAAGACACAGGUCGAGAGACUGUUCAAACAGCUCCAGGAGCGGUACAAAUGCCACUAUGAGGUAGACCCACGUAAGCGCCAGACUCUGCUGCAGAGCAGUACCCUGGGUUCGGAGGAUGUGAGGGUUUACUGCGAAGCAGGGGAAGGGUUUGCGGUGGUGGUUGGGGAGGGGCCCGAGGUCCAGGCCAAGCUGAAGGAGCUGGAGGCCUUCCAGGGUCAGGGUCUGAGCUCCUGGACGCAGGAGAAGAUCAGCACCACCUGUCAUCUGGGACAGUCCAAACUCCGGCUUCUAGAGGAAGUUAUAGAGAAGGAUCUAGGUGAGGCUGUUCCAGGGGUGAGGGUGACGCGCAGUGACUCAUCUCAGCUGGUGCUGGAUGGUUCAGCAAGUGAUGUCCGGACAGCCAGACAGUUAGUUACAGAUAAAAUCUCUCUGGUGCUGGAGCGGGUGGUGCCUGAGGUGUCCCCCCACCUCCUGUCCUUCCUGAGGGAUGAGUAUGGGAGGCCUGGGAACCUGAGCAGUCUGCUGGGGUUGGGACUCCAUGUGGAGGUAGAGUUGGGAGAUACAGAACUCUGUCUGUUCUCCCUCUCCUCUGGGAAACUGGAGCAGGCUGAGAAGGAUCUGCUGAGGGAGUUUGGGGAGGAGAAGAUCGAUUUGCCCAACUGUGGCACCCUGCCAUCUGAACUGAAAUCCAAGCUUGAGAAGAAGGUGAAGGAGAUGAACCAGAGCAGAUGCAGGGUGGUGGCAAGGUAUGGUCCUGGGUGUAGAGUGCAGUUGCUGGGCCACGUGAAGGAGGUUCAGGAGCUGAGGGAGGAGAUCGGGGCCUUUCUGAUAGACCAGUCCAGUGUGGAGGAGACAGUGUGUCUCCCUUACCCAGAGAUUGCUGACCACCUACCAGAACUGCUGGAGAGGAUCGGUGUGGAACACACUGGGGUGACCCUCUACCCCUCAGCCUCAGCCAUCCACCCCACUGUGGUGCUCUGUGGACCCUCUGUCCGGGUGGCCCAGGUUAGGGACAGGUUGGGUCCCGCUCUGGCCUCCUUGGUCCACCAGACUGUGACCAUAGACCAGCCGGGGGCGCUACGCUACAUCCAGGGCCUGGGAAGGGAGUACCUGGGAGUGGUGGGUCGCUCUCAACACUGCCUCAUCCAGCUGCACAACCAUGGUGGUGUUGCCGGCGAAGCUCGCGCCGGACCAAUACUGGAGGAGAUGGUCACAGCCACCAGCUAUCGCCUCCAGCGGGGGCUGCAGGUUGUGGUACGUCAAGGUGACAUCACCAAGGAACAGGCGGAUGCGCUGGUGAACCCAGCCAAUGAGGACCUGGAUCACGCUGGUGGCGUGGCUGCAGCUCUAAGCCGUGCGGGGGGGCCUGAGGUACAGCAGGCCAGCAGAGAUCUGGUUAGGCAGAUUGGGAGAGUGCCCACAGGUACAGUGGUAGGGACUACAGGAGGGAAGUUGCCUUGUAAGAUGCUGCUGCAUGCAGUGGGACCAGUACGGGGCAGCGUAGGUGGGAAUGAGCGCCCUCUGCUGGAGAAGACAGUAAAGGCAGUCCUGGAUCUGGCAGAGACCCUGGAGCUCCAGACCUUGGCCAUGCCCUGCAUCAGCUCAGGGUUAUUCGGCGUUCCUCUGAAGGUGUGUUCUGAGGCCAUAGUCUCUGCAGUGAGGGACUUUGGGAGGGAACAGCACAUCCUUACCAAGGUCACUGUGAUUGAUGUGAGUGGAGAGGCAGUGAGAGCCAUGCAGGAGGCCUGUGAUAGGCUGUUACAGGGUAAGAGGGAGAUUCCUGAGUGGGAGAGAAUGUCGAGCACCACCACGACCAUUACACAUGCUCCUCAGAGAGACACCACUGCUGCCUCCACCAGGGGACCAGCUGCUCCAGAGGUCUGUGUCCAGGUGGAGAUCAUCCAGGGAACCAUAGAGAAACAGGAGGUGGAUGCCCUGGUGUCCCCCAUGGUUGGUAGUAAGCCUCUCUCCUCCCGAGUGGGUCAUGUCUUGUCGGAGGCAGCUGGACCAGGGCUGAUGAAAGCGUUUGCGAGGAAAUCAGGGGGACGGACUGCACCUGGUGACAACGUCCUGGUGGAGGGACUGUCUGGUCUCAGCUCUGGAAGCGUCUUCUUCCUCAGAUGUCUACAAUGGGACAACAACCUCCACGGACCAGCAGUACAGGCCCUGAGGCAGGGUGUGAGGAAAGUUCUAGCCUCUUGUGAGAUCCAGGGAUUCUGUUCUGUUGCCUUCCCUGUACUUGGAACUGGUGUGGUUCUCCAGUUCCCUCACAAUGUGGUAACACAGGUUCUGCUAGAAGAGAUCCGUAGGUAUGAACAGAAUCGAGCGAGCAGAACCCCCUUCCUUGUCCGCAUUGUUAUCCAUCCCAAUGACAGAGAUUCUACCAAGGCUUUCCAGACUUCCCAGUGUGCUUUGCAUGUCAGAGGGUUUGUAAUGGAUGCUUCUCCAGAUCAGACCUCCUUCUAUCGCCACAUCUCAACCACUCAGGACGAGGUCUCUGCCACGCUGGGCAGUGUCAAGCUACAACUGGUCUUUGGCGACAUCACCCGUGAGACCACUGAUGUCAUCGUCAACACCACAGACUUCUCAGCCAACCAUUCAGGUGUCUCCAAAGCUAUUCUGACUGCUGCAGGUUCCACAGUCCAAGCAGCGUUAGCACAAGUGGGUGUGCCAGGAGGCUUGAUGUGCACCACAGGGCCCGGUGCACUGGGCUGCAAGGAGAUCGUUCACAUCAGCUUUAAACGCAACACACAGAGGAUCAGCAAGGUCUGUGGGAAGAUACUGAAACAGUGUGAGAGAAAGGGCUACCGCUCUGCAGCCUUCCCUGCAGUCAACACUGGAGCUGUUCGAGCAGACUCUAGCUCUGUGUGUAAGGCCAUGUUGGAUGGCAUGGCGUCAAGUGUGAGGGAUUUGUCUCCCAACAUCCUCUCUGUCAUCCGCAUUGUCAUGCUGCAGAGACCUGUCUUCCAGGCAUUCAGGUCAGAGCUGGAGAGCCGACUGGGAGCUAUCGCUCCAAUCCCAACACUGAAAGAGAGAGUCCAACAGAUACUGAAGAAGAAACUGAGGAUUGGCUUUUCCUCCCCCUCGCAUGGCUCCCUUCCCCCUCCUCAUGCCCUUCCAGGCCUCACCAUAACCCCCUGGAGACCGCCCCCGGUGGUGCUGAGCGUGGUGGGGCGCGGGGUGGACGCCAUCAGGGGGGCCAGGCGGGAGCUGGAGGCCAUCUUGCAGAACCAGCUGACUCAGAGAGAUGUGAAGGGAGAGGACCUGUGCAUGCUGGGAGAGGUGGAGCUGCAGGCCGUGCAGAAGAAUGCCAAGGUCCUGGGAGUGAGCCUGGAGCUGGGUAGAGUUCAGAGGGCAGGAGGGGUGGAAGCUGGGGCUGGAGCUGGAGGUGGAGCUGCGACUGGAGAGGGGUUUUAUGUUCUCCGAGGCCUGAAGGAGGACGUUCUGAGCGUGCGCGAGGUGCUGGACAGUGCGCUCAGUGGCGCCCUCCGUAGGGAGCUGCAAGAGAGAAAGCAUGGUGACGUUUGGGAGGAGCUGGGGAUGCAUGACAACUACCAUCUGGAGCAGGCACACCUAAGAGGAGAUGUCUCAGCAGAGCUGGAUGUCCCAGAUGGGAGCAAAGUCAGGGUGAACCUGAAGAACAACAUGGCCACUGACUGGAAAACGGGUUGCACCUAUAAGAUGAAGCGAGAGGAGAGUGAAACCUACAUUGAUUGGCAAAUUCACCUGCAAAAGAAAACUGACAGUAGGCCUGAUGAUCGUUACAAUAUGGAAAUGUACAAAUACCCCGUUUUCUUCGAGGUCCACAGUCUGGAUUCAGCACAGAAAGAGAAGAUUGAAAAGUACUUUCAGGUUCGCCGUAAAUCUGGUGGUGGAGACUGCGGACCGAUAGACAAUGUUGGUGACAACGUUUACAAGAUCGCAUUUUUUGACCAAACAGUCCAGGAGAGGGUACUUCAGAAACCUAAUCAUGUGUUGGAGAUGCCUGGAGGACCUCUCCUCCUCACUCUGAGAGGCAGCCAGGAGGCUCCACCCACAACAACCUCCCCAGUCAGUAGUCAGACAUCCCCACCUGGGUUCCUAGAGCAUGAACUCCAUCUAGACUCCUACCUCCUGAGAUACCUGAAGGAGAGCCCUGGGGCUGGAAGAGACCUGCAGCAGCAGUUGUCCUCUCUGGGCUGCUCUGUCCACCUCCAUCCAGAGGACGGGAGGGCAGUGGUCAGAAGCUCAGGCCAAGCUGGGUCAUGUGGAGAUUGGGUUGGGGUGGGACCAUGGAAGGUACAGGUCGAGAGACUGUUCAAACAGCUCCAGGAGCGGUACACAUGCCACUAUGAGGUAGACCCACGUAAGCUCCAGACUAUGCUGCAGAGCAGUACCCUGGGUUCGGAGGAUGUGAGGGUUUACUGCGAGGCAGGGGAAGGGUUUGCGGUGGUGGUUGGGGAGGGGCCCGAGGUCCAGGCCAAGCUGAAGGAGCUGGAGGCCUUCCAGGGUCAGGGUCUGAGCUCCUGGAAGCAGGAGAAGAUCAGCACCACCUGUCGUCUGGGACAGUCCAAGCUCCGGCUUCUAGGUGAAGUGAUAGAGAAGGAUCUAGGUGAGGCUGUUCCAGGGGUGAGGGUGACACGCAGUAACUCAUCUCAGCUGGUGCUGGAGGGUUCAGCAAGUGAUGUCCGGACAGCCAGACAGUUAGUUACAGAUAAAAUCUCUCUGGUGCUGGAGCGGGUGGUGCCUGCGGUGUCCCCCCACCUCCUGUCCUUCCUGAGGGAUGAGUAUGGGAGGCCUGGGAACCUGAGCAGUCUGCUGGGGUUGGGACUCCAUGUGGAGGUAGAGUUGGGGGAUACAGAACUCCGUCUGUUCUCCCUCUCCUCUGGGAAACUGGAGCAGGCUGAGAAAGAUCUGCUGAGGGAGUUUGGGGAGGAGAAGAUCGAUUUGCCAAACUGUGGCAGCCUGCCAUCUGAACUGAAAUCCAAGCUUGAGAAGAAGGUGAAGGAGAUGAACCAGAGCAGAUGCAGGGUGGUGGCAAGGUAUGGUCCUGGGUGUAGAGUGCAGUUGCUGGGCCAUGUGAAGGAGGUUCAGGAGCUGAGGGAGGAGAUCGGGGCCUUUCUGAUAGACCAGUCCAGUGUGGAGGAGACCGUGUGUCUCCCUUACCCAGAGAUUGCUGACCACCUACCAGAACUGCUGGAGAGGAUCGGUGUGGAACACACUGGGGUGACCCUCUACCCCUCAGCCUCAGCCAUCCACCCCACUGUGGUGCUCUGUGGACCCUCUGUCCGGGUGGCCCAGGUUAGGGACAGGUUGGGUCCCGCUCUGGCCUCCUUGGUCCACCAGACUGUGACCAUAGACCAGCCGGGGGCGCUACGCUACUUCCAGGGCCUGGGAAGGGAGUACCUGGGAGUGGUGGGUCGCUCUCAACACUGCCUCAUCCAGCUGCACAACCACGGUGGUGUUGCCGGCGAAGCUCGCGCCGGACCAAUACUGGAGGAGAUGGUCACAGCCACCAGCUAUCGCCUCCAUCGGGGGCUGCAGGUUGUGGUACGUCAAGGUGACAUCACCAAGGAACGGGCGGAUGCGCUGGUGAACGCAGCCAAUGAGGACCUGGAUCACGCUGGUAACGUGGCUGCAGCUCUAAGCCGUGCGGGGGGGCCUGAGGUACAGCAGGCCAGCAGAGAUCUGGUUAGGCAGAUAGGUAGAGUGCCCACAGGUACAGUGGUAGGGACUACAGGAGGGAAGUUGCCUUGUAAAAUGCUGCUGCAUGCAGUGGGACCAGUAGGGGGCAGUGUAGGUGGGAAUGAGCGCCCUCUGCUGGAGAAGACAGUAAAGGCAGUCCUGGAUCUGGCAGAGACACAGGAGCUCCAGACCUUGGCCAUGCCCUGCAUCAGCUCAGGGUUAUUCGGCGUUCCUCUGAAGGUGUGUUCUGAGGCCAUAGUCUCUGCAGUGAGGGACUUUGGGAGGGAACAGCACAGCCUUACCAAGGUUACUCUGAUUGAUGUGAGUGGAGAGGCAGUGAGAGCCAUGCAGAAGGCCUGUGAUAGGCUGUUACAGGGGAAGAGGGAGUUUCCUGGGUGGGAUGUAGAGUCCAGCACCACCACUACCACUACACAUGCUCCUCAGAGAGACACCACUGCUGCCUCCACCAGGGGAACAGCUGUUCCAGAGGUCUGUGUCCAGGUGGAGAUCAUCCAGGGAACCAUAGAGAAACAGCAGGUGGAUGCCCUGGUGUCCCCCAUGGUUGGCAGUGACCCUCUCUCCUCCCGAGUGGGUCAUGUCUUGUCGGAGGCAGCUGGACCGGCGCUGAUGACAGCAUUUCUGAGAGAAUUAGGGGGACGGACUGCACCUGGUGACAACGUCCUGGUCGAGGGACUGUCUGGUCUCAGCUCUGGCAGCGUCUUCUUCCUCAGCUGUCUACAAUGGGACAACAACCUCCACGGACCAGCAGUACAGGCUCUGAGGCAGGGUGUGAGGAAAGUUCUAGCCUCUUGUGAGAUCCAGGGAUUCUGUUCUGUUGCCUUCCCUGUACUUGGAACUGGUGUGGUUCUCCAGUUCCCUCACAAUGUGGUAACACAGGUUCUGCUAGAAGAGAUCCGUAGGUAUGAACAGAAUCGAGCGAGCAGAACCCCCUUCCUUGUCCGCAUUGUUAUCCAUCCCAAUGACAGAGAUUCUACCAAGGCUUUCCAGACUUCCCAGUGUGCUUUGCAUGUCAGAGGGUUUGUAAUGGAUGCUUCUCCAGAUCAGACCUCCUUCUAUCGCCACAUCUCAACCACUCAGGACGAGGUCUCUGCCACGCUGGGCAGUGUCAAGCUACAACUGGUCUUUGGCGACAUCAUCCGUGAGACCACUGAUGUCAUCGUCAACACCACAGACUUCUCAGCCAACCAUUCAGGUGUCUCCAAAGCUAUUCUGACUGCUGCAGGUUCCACAGUCCAAGCAGCGUUAGCACAAGUGGGUGUGCCAGGAGGCUUGAUGUGCACCACAGGGCCCGGUGCACUGGGCUGCAAGGAGAUCGUUCACGUCAGCUUUCAAUGUGACACGCAGAGGAUCAGCAAGGUCUGUGGGAAGAUACUGAAACAGUGUGAGAGAAAGGGCUACCGCUCUGCAGCCUUCCCUGCAGUCAACACUGGAGCUGCUCGAGCAGACUCUAGCUCUGUGUGUAAGGCCAUGUUGGAUGGCAUGGCGUCAAGUGUGAGGGAUUUGUCCCCCAACAUCCUCUCUGUCAUCCGCAUUGUCAUGCUGCAGAGACCUGUCUUCCAGGCAUUCAGGUCAGAGCUGGAGAGCCGACUGGGAGCUAUCGCUCCAAUCCCAACACUGAAAGAGAGAGCCCACCAGAUACUGAAGAAGAAACUGAGGAUCGGCUUUUCCUCCCCCUCGCAUGGCUCCCUUCCCCCUCCUCAUGCCCUUCCAGGCCUCACCAUCACCCCCUGGAGACCGCCCCCGGUGGUGCUGAGCGUGGUGGGGCGCGGGGUGGACGCCAUCAGGGGGGCCAGGCGGGAGCUGGAGGCCAUCUUGCAGAACCAGCUGACUCAGAGAGAAGUGAAGAGAGAGGACCUGUGCAUGCUGGGAGAGGUGGAGCUGCAGGCCGUGCAGAAGAAUGCCAAGGUCCUGGGAGUGAGCCUGGAGCUGGGUAGAGUUCAGAGGGCAGGAGGGGUGGAAGCUGGGGCUGGAACUGGAGUAGGAGCUGCGACUGGAGAGGGGUUUUAUGUUCUCCGAGGCCUGAAGGAGGACGUUCUGAGCGUGCGCGAGGUGCUGGACAGUGCGCUCAGUGGCGCCCUCCGCAGGGAGCUGCAAGAGAGAAAUGAGGCACUAAUGGCCCUCAGUGUCCAGUGGUCUAUGUGCAGGCAUGGUGACGUUUGGGAGGAGCUGGGGAUGCAUGACAACUACCAUCUGGAGCAGGCACACCUAAGAGGAGAUGUCUCAGCAGAGCUGGAUGUCCCAGAUGGGCGCAAAGUCAGGGUGAACCUGAAGAACAACAUGGCCACUGACUGGAAAACGGGUUGCACCUAUAAGAUGAAGCGAGAGGAGAGUGAAAAAUUGCCAUCGUACUGGGAUGAUAUGGCCGCUGGUGAAACGCUGAAGAGAGUGCUGCUCUUGCCUACCUCGUCAGAGUACCAGGCGGUGGCACAGGCAUUCCAAAGCACCACGGCAACACAAGUCGCCAUCCACAAAAUUGAGCGUGUGCAGAAUGUAUUUCUGUGGCAGGCGUACGCAUUGUGUGAGCAGCGCAUCCGGGCCAAGAACGGAGCAGCGGCGGUAGGGGUAAGGAAACUCUACCACGGGACGGCAGCAAAAACCUGUGACGCCAUUGAAAGUAAUGGAUUCAACAGGAGCUAUGCUAAUAUUACAGCAUAUGGAGUGGGUGUGUAUUUUGCUGUGAACGCCAGCUAUUCAGCCAAUCCCAGAUAUAGCCCUCCUGAUGGUUCUGGGCACAGGCGUAUGUACGUUGCACGUGUUCUGACCGGGCGCUAUACCCUGGGUGACCCCUCCAUGAAGUUCACCCCUCGUCGCUCCCCCACAGAUUCCGCUGACUGCUAUGACAGUCUAGUGGACAACCUGCAGAGACCCAGCAUGUUUGUCAUCUUCCACGACGACCAAGCGUACCCAGAGUACCUCAUCACCUUCAUAUGAUAGUGGGCCUACGUAAUGAAUUAGAAAGCAUUCGUAAUCAUUUAUACGCAGUUUUGUUUUACAUGCAUGAAGGCAUUUAAAUGCCUUUAUUGUUUUUGAGUAUGAUUCUCACUUCUAUCAUUAUAAUCAGCUGUCAUAAUCAUUCUCAUCACUAUAUCUAUGUAUCAUAAUGAUUGUCACAUUGCAUGCGUUCUGCUGCAGGACCUAAAGUAGUACACAAUCUGCAGAGGUUAAUCACUAAAAUGGUAAAAAAAAAUGUUUGAAGAUAUUUAAGUGAGAUUUAUUUGUGUCUUUUUGAUUUGGCACUAUACUAUACGUCAGAUAGCUGUACUGUGAAUGAGAAUAUAUUAUUGUGUUUUUGUGGAGUUAGCCGUUGACGUUUAUUGUCAUGAGUCUUUCCCUGGAGGCAGAACUGGGCGACAGUGAGCGGUUUCGCUAGAUGGUUCAGCUGCAAAGUCAAAAUUUGAAGGUUAGGGUUAAGCAUUAGGUUUAGCAGUGUGGUUAAGGUUAGGAUUAAGAUUAGGAUAAGGUUUAAUUUUGAUUUUAUAACUUUUUGGCUGAGCUAGCUAGUGACCACUCUGCAGAGCUGCCUUCAGUACAUGAGUCAUCUCAAUAAAAAGCAAUUUGGGGACACAGGGGCCGAUAUGUUCCGGGGUCCUUGUUGGUCCCCGGUUUUAUGGGGGGGAUGUGACGACCCUCCUACUGUGUCUGCCGUAUUCUCUAUUUGUUCUUGUUUCCUUAUUAGGAUGCUGGUGGGCGGAGUUGGGAGGGUCGUCAGCUACAUGGGAAACACCUGGGCCCGGUGUCUCCCAGGAUAAAUAGACCACUUCCCCAUUCAUAGGGGAGACUCUCUCCAUGCAGACACCUUUAUAGAUUUUGUUGUGUAUCUUGGUGGUUUUUGGUUGUUUGCUUUGGCACCUUUAAACACCCUGCAUUAUCACAUUCAUGCAUGCAAAACACUCACUUACACUACUGAUUACUGAUUACACACACCAUUGUAUAUUGUACUUUACUUUAUUUAAUAAAUAUAUGUUUUGUUA